GAAUAUUGAAUUGGCCUAUUUUAGCAAAAUGGACUACGAUUUUAAAAUGAAAACGCAAAUGGAGCGCACCAAGGUGGAGGACCUGUUCAAUUACGAGGGCUGCAAGGUGGGCCGCGGCACCUACGGACACGUGUACAAGGCCAAGUGGAAGGAGACGAGCGAUGGCAAGGAGUACGCACUCAAGCAAAUCGACGGCACCGGUCUGUCCAUGUCUGCGUGCCGAGAGAUCGCCUUGCUGCGGGAGCUCAAGCACCAGAACGUGAUUACCCUUAUACGGGUAUUCCUCUCGCACAAUGACCGAAAAGUGUUCCUGCUCAUCGACUAUGCCGAGCACGAUCUGUGGCACAUCAUCAAGUUCCACCGUGCGGCCAAGGCCACCAAAAAACAAGUGGUUGUGCCUCGGGGCAUGGUCAAGAGCCUGCUGUACCAGAUUCUGGAUGGCAUACACUAUCUGCACAGCAACUGGGUGCUGCAUCGUGAUCUGAAACCAGCCAACAUUCUGGUGAUGGGCGACGGCAAUGAGAGGGGUCGCGUUAAGAUAGCCGACAUGGGUUUUGCCCGGCUUUUCAAUGCCCCCCUGAAGCCACUGGCCGACCUGGACCCCGUUGUGGUGACAUUCUGGUAUCGCGCCCCAGAGCUGCUGCUGGGUGCACGCCACUACACCAAGGCCAUAGACAUCUGGGCUAUUGGGUGCAUCUUUGCCGAGCUGCUGACAUCCGAGCCUAUUUUUCACUGCCGGCAGGAGGACAUCAAGACCAGCAAUCCAUACCAUCACGACCAGCUGGACCGCAUUUUCAACGUGAUGGGCUUUCCGCAGGACAAGGACUGGGAGGACAUCAAGAAGAUGCCCGAGCAUCACACACUGACAAAAGACUUUAAGCGCUCCACCUACUCGACCUGUUCUCUGGCCAAGUACAUGGAGCGGCACAAGAUCAAGCCCGACAGCAAGGCUUUCCAUCUACUGCAGAAGCUGCUGCUUAUGGACCCCAACAAGCGCAUCACCUCCGAGCAGGCCAUGCAGGAUCAGUAUUUCCAGGAGGAGCCACUGCCGACGCAGGACGUUUUUGCGGGCUGCCCCAUUCCGUAUCCCAAGCGCGAGUUCCUCACCGACGACGACCAGGAGGACAAGUCGGACAACAAGCGACAACAACAGCAGCAGCAGCAGCAACAGCAACAGCAGCAACAACAGCAGCAGCAGCAGCAACAACAACAGCAACAGCAGCAGCAGCAGAUGAAUCCCAACGAGCCGAAUGCCAAGCGUGUGCGUCUGUCCGGAGCCGGCAACCAGCAGGACUUCCACCACCAGCAACAGCAGCAACAGCAACAGCAGCAACAACAGCAGCAGAUGAUGUUCAACCAGCAACAGAAUUUCCAGCAGCGCUUCAACUGAGUCACUGAGAGCACCGACAGACAGCAUUUAACUACCACAUCUACAUAUAUUGACUAGCCGCUAAGUAAUUUAAUAUCUUUAGUGUAUAACAAAUAGAGAGUAAUGCCCAAAAGUAGAAUAAGGAUCACAGUCCACAAAAUCUAGUACCAUUCACUGAA